UUUUUUAAACCAAGACGUUUAUGCUGACAGGUUUCACACAAGUCAUCUCCUACACCUGGUCUGAACAUGCUUUUCUUGUGCAUGCUCCUGAGAUAAUGACUCAUAAUACUUUGAGUUUCUUAAUCACUUCUCAUAAUCGUGUCUUUCUCUGCCUGUCAGCAUUUCCCGAAAUCACACAAUGUCAAGCGUUUGCUGCUGUCAACCAGAGGGUUCGGUAAACACUCCACCUGGUUCACGGAUUGGGUCACUGCCCUUUUUUGUUUAGUUGUGCAAUCACAGAAAGGUACUUCAGACGGUCGAGCCCAAAGCGGAGAUGUUUGGAUGUGUUGCACAAUGUUACAUUAGGAGAAAAACAAACUAAAAAGGGAGAAGCGGAUGCUGGAGGGCCGUAAUUUGAACUUUUAGAAGUGACAGCACUGGCCAACUUCAGCUGCACUCACAAAAAACUCGCCAGUCUUUCUCUGCCACUGCCAAACAAAUUUUGGUAGAGGGAGCGUUUUGGUGUUGAUCUCGGCCAUAAAUUGAGGCGAUCGCGAAGCAACGAGAUAUUAAAACUGGGUCCUACAGCAACUGGUGAUCCCUUAUUUCCACUCUUAGGAGCUUAAACUGUUGGCUGAAGAAUAUGAUGCCGGCUAACCAGCAUGACGUGGUGGUGUCAGGCUAACUACAAACAUCCAAAUUCACUAAACACCCAACAAGAGUCAGUAGCAGACUGAUCUGAAAGUUUCCUUACAAAUGUUGCACCAUUUACAGGAAACUAGAGAUGCUAUCCAACAUCUACGCUGUAAAAGGAAACUUUUUGACAAACAGAAACGACUUCAGGACUUUGCAAUAAUUUUUGUGAGGUGUGUGCUUUCAGUCAACUAACACAUAGAACCUCACAUCAUUUUACAUUUAAAUUCUUUAUGUACGCAUGUGAUUUUAAAGGAAUCACACUUAUACAAACUUAUAGCUUCAUUUUCCAGCAAAUAUGUUCUAUUUCUAACAAGUAAGGGUCAUCUGGGGUGCAUAGAGCAAAUAAAAACAACACGUAUCAGUGUGUUUUGUGUGACCUCUGUGUGGCUUUCAUUUCUCCAAAAUAAAAUAUCAGAAGUUAAACAGCACACACAAAAGAAUGCAGGGUGUGGGGGGGGAGCAAAUAUUUGAUGAUUUCUGUGUUUAAUUCAUGAUACGUGAUCACAAGCUGUAAGUCACAGAAGGUCAUAAACCUCAGGAGAGAGCGGAAACUUCAGAAGAGGAGGCGUUUUCUGCCACAGGAUGUUUUCUCUCGAGAGGGCGCGUGAGCUUCUGUCACUGCAGCUCUGUGGGUGAGCUUCGUUCGGGGGGUAAAGUGAGGAUGUGAUGUAUUAACAUGACAAGAACACGUGCGUGGAAGAGGGGUUGACUGUGUCGGGGAGACAGAUCAGAUUCCUCUGCAAGCACACGGCUUCAUGCAGCUCGUCGCAGGAGCUUAGAGUUGGUCGGUGAUGAGGGAAGAUCCUUCUGCUAGAAGCAAGUCGUCACUGUCCGGUCAGAAGUCGGGACCACGAUGGGAGUUUACUGGUUGUUAAUAAUCCUGCUGAGCUGCACGUCAUCUUGCAGAUGCAGCGAGCAACAGUGGGACGUGCAAUGCACAACAGAAAGCCCGGAAUAUGUGUUGGUGCCUUGCCCAAACAUGACUGCCGGUCACGCCAAAGACAAAGACACUGAGGUGACAUAUAAGCUUUUCGAGAACCAAAAGCAGAUUCAAGUGUGCCCCAAUACUCAAAAACAGUGCAACCGAACCGAUCCAGACAUCCUGCUAGAAAAAGACGAGAAAGGGACACUUACAGGUUUCAGGAUUAUGAGAACAGCAAGCCCAAAGCAAGCAAUCUACAUGUGUGAGGGUACAGUUACUUACCCUCCUCCUGUCAUCAGCAGCAACAGCACAGUCCUGGUCCUUGAGGAAGGACAAGGAUGCCGGCGAAAAACAGAAGAAUGUAAAACAGACAAACCAGAAGAGCAAAAAACAGGCAUUCCUGUAUGGAUCUGGAUAGUGGCUGUUGCACUUCUUUGCACCUACAGCCUAGCAGUUACUAUUACUGCCUUGAUUAUCUGGUACAAGAUGAAGGAUGUAGAUUCCCAGAGCGACUACAUAAACACCAAACCCAGACCUCCUGCGAAACGCAGGAAGAAAAGAGGACUCCAGCAUCCUAUACCAAAACACUUUUGAUGAUUCAGACAUUGCAGGAUCAUUUUCCUUACCACUCCUUAACACACUUAUUACCUAUAGGACUUACAAUAAAUAUAACAUAACUGUAAUCAGUUUCUUUUGUUUAAUUUUUUUUUGUGUGUAUUCAUCUCUAGCAGAAGCAGCACUUCCUUUAUGUGGGCGUCUGAAACAAUGAUGUGUAUAUUAAAGACAGUGUCAGGUUUUGCUCACUUCCUGUUUCGCUCACUGUAAAAGAAAGAUGCGUGCUUGGGAACCCCUAUCUUUGUGGUCGAAACAGAAGGUGGUGUCUCAAUGAGGGGACUCAACCACAUUUAAGGAGUUCUCUUGAGUUUGUAAAUCAGUGCAACACCUUGUGGAUCAACACUGACCACAACUUAAAUAAAUAGUUUUACAAGCUGAAACACCUCUCCUGCAAACAUGUGCUCUCAUUCAUUUUCUGAGAAUCAACACAGAGACCAAACUGAGGUUGAUGACUAUCAUAAACACAAGGAGCUGCAAGCAGAUUGAAAAUAACAAGCUGCACCAUUUCCUGUCUCCCUACAUUUGUUUCUUUUUUCUUUCUCUUCGGUUGUUGGUACUUUCAGCAGAGGUCGGAGCUUCAAAGGCGCGCCACCUUUACCGUGCUCACCUUGCAGUUUCUGUGCAAGCGCUCACGCUGGUUUUAUUGGUUUCAUUUAGUAGCAAGUUUCUUUUCACAGUCACCACAAGCACUGACGGAAUUAGCAUAAGGUUUCUGUGAAGCCUUUAAACUGAUUUGGGAGUUAAGCAAAUGACUAAAAACACGUAUAAAUGAUUUGUCAUUUGCCAGUUAUUGCCCAGUUUUUUUCCACAAUGACUGAAUAAGCAACUCUCAGAAGAAAAGAUCAUCUCAGGUAUUUGCUGUAAUGCCAUCAUAAAGCUGUUUGAAAAAGAAAAUGUUUU